UGUCAUCAUUUAUGAGUGAAAGAUGGCACUAGCGUUGGUGAUCACGAAUUGAAGCUCGCUGAUUGUUUGUUUGGACACAGCUACUGGAUGAUACGAAUUCAACAACUUCAUUGAUCAUGGCAGUGUUAGCCUAGCAUCCAGAUAGUUUGGAUGCAUGAUGUGAACAUAUUUAAAAACGGAAGACUGGCCUUAAACAGUAGCAUUAUUUAGUCAUUACAAGUAGAUAGAGGUAGAUUAAUAACAAUGAUUGAAAAUGUAAUGUUCAGAGAAACUUUAAAGCCCAGGGAACUUUUGUAAUCAAGAAAAAAUACAAACACAUAAUACUAACUACAAAUAUGAGCGACAAAUAUGAAGUGCCACAAACAUUGGAUCAUUGGCUUGCGUCAGUUUGCGUCUUUAAGUUCCCAGCCAAUCACGUUGGAUCUAUGAUUCUGUAAAUGUUGGUCUAUCCAGUCAAAAUCUUUCACUUCAGAGAGAAGGGGUGCUAGUUCAGCACCAAACCGUGACAAUGUUUGCAUUAUGUUUUGCUAUUUCAAGUCUGAGCACAGCAUUGUGUAUUCAGUCCCAAGAGGUUCCUCGAUUGGUCUUUUUUAAAACAGCAAACCUCGGAGAUACUGUCACUCUGCAUUGUGGUGCUUUGAACGAAUCUAUAUUUAUUUUAAACUGGUUUAAGCAAUCUCUUGGAUUCAUUCCCCAAGUGGUUGCUAACAGAAUUUAUGAAAAAAUUAAUUACCCAUCCUUGAAUUCAAGAAUCACAGUGGGAGAAGGAACUGACUUUAAUCUGAUAAUUAGGGAUAUAAAUAAAGAGGAUGAAGCAAACUAUUUCUGUAACCAAGGAACUCACUAUAAGAAUAAUUGGAAAACCGGCACAUUUUUGACCGUCAAAGAUGGCAAUGACAAGAGGUUUGUCUCCCAGACUGUGGUCCAACAGCCUGUGUCAGCAUCAGCUCAGCUGGGAGACCCUGUGUCUCUCCAGUGCUCUAUUACCUCCCAGAGGACGGACCACAGUAACCAGUGCCAAGGGGAACCCAGUGUGUACUGGUUCAGAUCAGGACCAUCUCACCCUGCUGCCAUUUACAUGAAUGGAAACAGGAGUGGUGAAUGUCAGAAUAGUUCUGGGCCUCCGUCUGCUCCACAGAGCUGUGUCUACACUCUCCCCAAGAACAAUGUAGACUCCUCUGAUGCUGGGACUUACUACUGUGCCCUGGCAGCAUGUGGGGAGGUUGUGUUUGGAAAUGGAACCAAGCUGGACAUAACAGAACACAACUCGUAUCUAGUUACCGUGGGGCUUGGAAUUUUGUUGGCUUGCUGUCUGGGUGUGAUUAUAAUCCUCCUUCUGACCAGGAAUAAAAAGCAAGUUUGUCAGCAUUGCAAAGGAACACUGAGCGCCUCCUGCCAUCCUGAACGUGACUCAGUGAUACAGGAGCCGCAGGAUGGGGAAACAGACUCCUUGACCUACGCACCGUUGGAGUUCUCUGGCAGGAAAACCAAAGGAGGGAAGAAGAACAGUGAAAGGACUCAGGAGAGUGUGUAUUCUGCUGUGAGAGAAACCUGCUACUGAACUCUAAAUGAAAGAUGUAGUGUUCUCAGUUUCUGAUGUCAGAUUGGCUGGAUGACUGUGAAUGUAAUGGUUGUUUGUGGUAUUAAUUAUAACCUGUUUAUUGUUAUGAGUGAGAGUGAACAUAAAUUGUUUGUCAUAUAUAUGUCACUUUGUUUGAAACAAAAAAAUGUGAAUUGCAACCAUUGCAAUAUUUUUUCUGUCUUGGGGAAAUAUAUUGCUUUGCAGAAGAUUGAUGAUUUGGAUAUUUUGCCUGUGCAAUCCUUGUUUCAUCAGGUUUACUCAAAAAUCGAUUUGGAUUUUAUAUUUAUUUAUUAUUAAUUAUUUAUUAUGUCCGUAAUGAAGUUAAAAUGAAAGCGGGGGUUAAUUAAUGACCACAUCCUACACAGGACUCUAUUGAGUAUCCGCUCAUUUCAAUUUGUAUCAUCUUGUUGUGUGCAGUUUUGUCAAGUUCAUUUAAGAACAAUGUCGGAAAUGACCUGCCUGUAGAACCCCGACCACAACUUAUAUUUCAACCACACUCAAGAUAAAAUCCAACAAAAUCUUUUUUUGUAUCUUAUCACAAUAUUUGCAGAAUCGUUCAACAUCUUAUAUCUGUGAUGAAAGAUCGCUGUAAUAUCAUAUUGUGGGUUCCUUGACGAUUUCCGUCCCCAAUUCAACACAAGGUUAGGUUUAGGUUGUGAAGCCUUUCAUCACACAUAGACUCACAGGCAACACCCUGCAACAAUAAACCCUCAAUCAAAAUAUAAUAAACUUCUGAACAGACUAAGAGAGAUGAAUGAACAGAGGAACAAAGGAAAUAAGUACAACUAAAUAUAAUCAAAAGAUAUUGUUAAAACUGUAUGCACAUCUAAUAAGGAAAUACAAAAAGGGGGCAUAGUGAGAGAUACACAGAGACCUUGCGGAUAGGAGGUAGUUGCUUUUCAAACCACAGUGCCGACACAGUCUGCACAGGAUGAGCAAUCAUAACCAGACCAGUGAUGCACUGCAGUUAAACCACAAGCAGAAAGGUCACAGCACAAGAUCACGUGACUAGACACUAUAAAGGCGGCACCUUCCAUGUCUCAGAAGUCAAGAAUUAUUUAUCGGUUGUGUUAAUGAAC